ACUCUCUCCCCAUAUCCCCGCCGCCAAACAAGCUCUGACCGAAGCCAUCCUUCCCUUGCCUCCCAAGUUUCCGACACACCAGGGAAUUAUUAUUUUUGAAUCUCUAAACUUUACCUUCAAGAUUGGUUUCUUCUACUUCACUCUUCAGAUUCUGAGUUAUUUUCUGUCACACUGCUGUUGCUGUGAAUUUUGAUCACACCGCUGUUUGAAACCCUGUGUUGUGUCUUUUUCUUCGGUUUAGGUGACUGAUUUGACUGGGAAUGGAGGUUUAAGUUUUGGGGUGUUUUUAUAUGGGUCCUGAUUUGUAUCUGAUUGAGAAAACCACUUCGAAAGUGGUUUCGACUAAUAAUAAAGAGAGCGUGGCUCAAAAUCAAGAAAACAAGGGGAUGCAAGGAAACAUUGGUAUGGAGGUUGAUCUUAUUGAAUGCAUCAAUUCUGGCGAGUCUGAGAUGAUUGAUGUUGUUGAAUGCCAGGAUGCUACUGAGUGUUCGAGUUCUUUCGGUGGCACGAUAUCAGGGGAUGAGAAUGGUUUGAUUGUGAAUGACGAAGUCGAAUCACCUCUUUCGGUCCCGGGGUUGUUUGGAUCGUUUUCUGAUGGCUGGAGUGAACCUUUUCAGAUGGGGAAGAGAAGGUUAACAGAUCACUGGAGGAAGUUUAUACAUCCUCUAAUGUGGCGCUGUAAAUGGUUAGAAAUUAAAUUUCGUGAAUUGAAGUCUCAGGGACUCAAGUACGAGAGAGAGCUUGCAAAAUAUGAUCAAAGCAAGCGGUUUGAGUUUGAAAAGUUUGCCUCUGAAGGCUUUGAUGCAAAGUUGUGUGCAUUUUGUUCAAAAGCUCCAAGAAAGGAAGUAAUGAAGAGGAAGAAAAGAAAACGAGUAGAAGAUACUGCAGAUGUGGCAUCAUAUAUGUCGCAUCAUGAUAUCUUCUCGUAUUAUGAAAAUAAGAAGUCUGUUGUUGCUGCUCCUGCUGCUUUUCUUUCCGUCGAUGAUUGGGGUGUUUUAGAUAAUAAAACGGUCAAUGGCUAUGAUGAUGAUGAAUUCAAUGAUGGAUCUCCAUUUGAAUCUAGAGAUGGUGAUAACUUGACAGAACAUAUCCUUCAGAAGACUGAAUUGCUACGGUCGAGAAUUCGGGCACUAAAGACUCGAAUGGACAAGGUGGUUAAUGAAACUCAAAAGUUAUCAUCUAUCAACAUUUUAAGUUCGCUUGUACCUUCUGAUGCAUUGAACAAUCCUGAAAGUCAUUGUGCCGAGAAAGAUUACAAAAAUAGUUUGCAAUGUACCACAUCCCAGCAUGCAACUGAGAGUGUUAUGUGGGAUAACAUUAUGCCUGAAAGUUCCCUUUUAGAUCAUGGAGAUGUGUCCCCUGUACCUGAUUUGAUCAGGAGCAUGAGUCAGCGUAUGCUCGCCAUAUCAUCGGAAAAUAUUGAGUCUGAAAUUCUAAUACCCAACGAAGCAGCCAAGGAGGAGUUACUCAGUUUCGGUAGUGCUAUAAGCCAGCGGGUAGAGAAAUCGAAGGCAGUUGCUCUCGUCCAUACUCCUGGAGACAACUUGCAGAUGAACACCUCUCUCGAACAAAAUGCACAGCCACAUUUUUUCAAGUCGGAACAAGCUGAUAAUGGAAGGACUAGUGGGGUUAAAAGAUCGGACCUUGGUCGGUGGAGCCGUAGAUCCUCAGGUUAAAAUGGAUUAAGUUGAAUUUCACUAAUAUCGGGAUUUCAGA